GCUUUGGCUGGGAGAAGAAGCUUACCGCUGAAGUCAUUAAAAGAAGGUAAGGUACCAUAAUAAAUGGAAGCAUGUCCAUACUACUUAAAUAAAACCUUCUCUUUGUGUAAUUAAUAUCGCACAACCAACAUAUUUCUCUGUACUGUUCUCUUUCAUACCCAACAUUUUUUACAGUGUGUGUAAUUUAUUUCAUGAACCACGACUUGUGGUGGUGAAUUUCCCUUUGCCUCAGCAAUUUGGAUGUUUUUUUUCAGAAAGAGCAGGGUUGAUGGUGAGUCAGAGUUGACAGGGUUAGGGGCAGGUUAGCAGAGUGUUGAGAUGGACAAUCUCUCUUGACUUGUGGUAAAGGAGGAAGGCAUGGACAGUGUCCCAUUCUACAGAUUUUCCUAAGAAUCAUAGAAUCAGGGAAUUUAACAGGACGGAAGGAUGCCAUUGUAUCUGCACUGGCUCCCAGAACAGCUACUCAGCUAGUCCCACUCUCCUGCCCUUCUCUGUAGCCCUCUAACUUGCAUGAACUCUUACAAGAAGUUGUAAGCAUUGUUAGAAGUUUGGCCUGCCAGUUUGAAAACCCAGUCAUCUCAUCCUAAGAUGGUGGACAAGUUCAUGUUACCAUUCUGACAUCAUUACUCAUGCCCGACUGCGGCAGAGAAGGUUCCCUGCCCUGGUCUGCCAUUAGAAGGCAAGAGUGAUACCCUGCCCGUUAUUGAGUUAAAUACACUUUUAAAAAUCCUCAUUGUUUGGUUUAUUUUCAUUCUCCUGCACUGAGCUAUUUCUUAAUUUUGUUUUAAAUGUCAUGAUUUGGUCACAGAUGUUCCCCUGUUUACCAUCCCAUUUGGUGAAGGACAGAGUACGGCCCCGAGCAGAAACUGCCAAGUCUUAAUUCAUUGCAUGAAGUGUAAACCUAAAUUGCGGUUUUUUCUUCUAAAAAAACAAUCUCAUUAGCUCCAGCUAUCUGUGCACUGGGAUGUGUUCCUAAUUCUGUUUUCCUUGUGGUCACCCUCGAGUUUCCUUGGCUUUGCUGAUCCGUGUUUUCUUCUGACAACGGUCUUGGAAAAGAUUCCUGCCCACUGAGUCACCAGAGAUAAAAUCAAAAACACUGAAAGCAGCUGAAGCUAAAACUCUUCAAGUCCCCGCGCCUUGGAGCUCACAGGAGGAGUUCUGUUACUCCCAUUCUCAGAACGAAAAGUUCCAAAAUGCAGCGAGUCUUGGUUUGUGCGUGUUCCCUCUUGGUCUGUGUCUUGUUGCAGGACUGCAGCCGCGCGGCACCAAUUGACUGUCAACAGGAACAAGAACGACUGAGAGCUCAAGUGAAAGCUCUGGAAUUACAGAUUAAACAGCAGCAACUACAGAUUCAGCGGCUCUUAAAUGAAAGGGAAAAUAUGCGUGACACUGGUGCUUCAGAAGAUGAUGCUACUAAUGAUCUCAGAGGAAGAAAUCUCUUUGCAGACUGUGCCGAGAUCUACAACAAUGGAAAUAGACGGAGUAUGUUUUAUAGAAUUCAACCAUUGUCAUCUCCCACAAGCUUCAAGGUGUACUGUGAUAUGAGAGAUGGUGGUGGCUGGACAGUCAUCCAAAGACGGACUGAUGGCAGUGAAAAUUUCGACAGAGUCUGGUCUGAUUACAAAGAAGGUUUUGGAAACUUUCAAUCUGCCAAUGGAGAAUACUGGAUUGGAAAUGAUAACUUGAAUCAUCUGACAUCACAGGGAGACUAUAAUUUGAAAAUUGAUCUUACUGACUGGGAUGGCGAAAAACGUAAUGCCCAAUAUAGAAGUUUCAGAGUGCAAAAUGAGCAGAAUUCAUACCAGUUAACCUUUGGUGACUAUUCUGGAACUGCAGGAGACUCACUGAGUGGUACGUUUCAUCCAGAAGUUGCAUGGUGGGCCAAUCACAAUGGCAUGAGGUUCAGCACAAAGGACAGAGAUAAUGACCGCUAUGAGGGAAACUGUGCAAGGGAAGACAAAGCUGGUUGGUGGUAUAACAGAUGUCACUCUGCUAACCUGAAUGGAUAUUAUUACAAGAGAGGACCUUUCUCUUCAAAAACAGAUGAUGGAAUUGUUUGGUAUACUUGGCAUGGAUGGUGGUAUUCAUUAAAGUCUACAGUUAUGAAGAUACGACCUUCUGAAUUUGUACCAAGCAGAGAAUGAGUGUUCCUAUCUUUCUUGAAAUUAGUGUAAGUGUAUUAUUGUAUCGCAAUGUUUUCUAUAACAAUACCUUCUUCAGUAGGACUUUGUAUUGCACACUUAUUCCUCUGCCAGGUUCAGGAUGAACAUUAUUUGGGAACAGAUAAUGUGGUCCAUUUGUGUUUUUCCUUUGGCAACUCUUAUAUCAUGUUUGGAUUGUAACAAGGAGUGAAAGUGGCUCACUACUCAUAAGAUAAUUGAUUGUGGGGCUUCAAUGCAUUUUACAUUAUCUUAGCAGGAUGCAAACAGUAUAUUGUUACAAUUUAACUGAAAUAGCUUUCAAGUAUAUUUGAAGUCAAAACAAUCAGUGCCAUUUAGUUAUUUAAUCUGGGCAUGAAUUUUGUUCUCAGCAUUCAGGUUCAUCAAUUAUGCUAUUAUGCCUUAAAGAUCAUGGAAACUUUCUUACAUUCUGCUCCCAUGCAUUUGUGUUAAAUUCAAAUCCUCAAACUUUUGAAGAUUGCACAUCUUGUACUUAACAAAGCUACUAAACGCUCAUUCGCAUAGCUGCUCUGUUCCAACACAUGGAAAUUCUUUGCCUCUGACUACACCUUACAUGAGUGAUGGGGGGCUGAAGAAAGCCACCAACUUCAAUUACUGAUGAUCGGCUUUCAAGUAACUUACUCCUAACCCCUUCAUUAAUCAGUGACACUGGGACAGAAAAGUUAAGGGAUCCCACUGAUGAGUUUGCAGCAGGAGGAGCUGGGAGAUUUCCCAGAGUGCCCUUCCCACCAUCCAUCCACCCUAUCCCCCAAACCUCUCCACAGAUUUAAUGGGAUGGUGGGGAAGAGUUAUAGUGUCCCAUCCACCUUCACCCCAAUUACUAGCAACUUAAAUCCAACUUCUAGCCUAGCCACGAUGAGAAAACCGGUGGGAGGAAGUCAAACAGCGGUAGGGUGGAAGGCUCAGCAGAUGGGACAGCCCUGGCCUUUCGAACCCAGUCACCAAAUCACCACCUAUACACCAGCAUCCACCCCCCCCCCCUCCCCCCCUCAAAACAACUCUAUUCAUUGCACUUGUUCCUCACAGCAUCUCUCUAGUUACCAUUGCAAACAGUAUAUUGAAUUUGGGCAGCUGGCAGUUCUGUCACACUCUGGAGUUUCAGUAGAGGCCACCUGUCCAGGCUGAAAUCUCACCUCCAGUCCAUGAAGUGUCAAAGAGAUGCGGAGUUACAUUUUCUUUGCCCCACUACCUGAACAAUUCUGCCCCUACAGUUCAUUUUAUGAGAUGGUUUCCUCUCCUCCAUGGAAAGAGAUUCAAUUGACAGAUAGUGAGGACUGCGUGUGCUGGACAGUCAGAGUCGAUAAAAUGUGGAGUGACUAACCACAAACAUAUACUACAAGCCACCGACUCCCAAAGCUACCUAGACUCACCACCUCCCACCCUACUCCCUGUAAAAACGCCAUCCCUUAUUCCCAAUUCCUCCACCUCUGCUGCAUCUGUUCC